AUGUCAGAUUCGGGCGCAGCAGCAGAAGCUAGUGAAGCCACGCAUUCUUGCUUCACUCCCUGCUCCUGGCAUGCAGCAGGUAUUAGCAGCAGCAGCAGCAGCAGCAGCAGCGUCGCAGCAAAGGCAAGGCAGCUACUGAGAUAUGAGGGCGAGCUGGUGGUGCAGCUCUUUGCAUGGGCAGCAGACGCAAUAACUGCAGCCACUCUACAGGCUUCGCUGUUGCUGCCUCCAGCAGGGCAGCUUCUUGCUGCGCUGCAGCCAUUGCAGCAGCAGGAGCCAGCAGCCUGCAGCAGGCUGGCUGCUGCUGCUAUGCACGUGCUGCUGCAGUGCACCAACGCCGUUCGUUGGAGGCUCCGCAGCAGCAGCAACGGCGAGGACGAACUUGCUGCUGAAGUGGACGCAGAGGAGUGCGACGAGCCUGCUGCUGCCUUGGCAGCAGCAGCAGCAGCAGAGAACCGCGAAGCCACAGAAAAGCUGCUGCUGCUGCGCCGCUGGCACUCUUCGAUGACUUCUCCUCUGGGGCUGCUACUGGGACAUGCAGCUGAGGGUGCUGGGCUUAGUGGCAGCAGCAAAGAAAGCAACAGUGGCAGCAGCGCCAGCAGCAGCAGCAGCAACAGCAGGGGCCAGUGGGGCGUAGCGCUCGACCGGGUGUGGCUGCUGCUGUACGGCUGCAAGGAGGGCGCAAGGGAGCUGACAGAGAAGGCAGUUGAUGACGCUGCAACAGCAGCAGGAGCACCAGAAGCAGCAGAGGCAGCGGCAGCAAGCAGCAGCGCAGCAGCAGCUGGUGUGCGGUCAGCUGCUGCUGCUAUCUGCGCCUACUUGGUGGAGACCGGGUGGACUUUGGCUGCGCGUUGCUGCUCCUCGCAGGCGAGUGGCAGCUGCCCCUGCAGCUGCUCUGCAUGCAGCAGCAACAGCAGCAGGACUGGCAGCAGCAGUAGCCGCACGGGGGCCUGCUGCAGCAGGGGCAGCGCUUGCAGCGCCUGGUGUUUGCCUGUCACGUCUGAGAGCUUUGCUGCAGUCUCAGCUGCUGCUCUGACGGCCGCGCAGCAAGCUGCUGCUGCUUCCCUUCCGCCCGCAGCAGCACCUGCUGCUGCAGCUCGCCUGCUUGACCCCCGACAAGUUGAGCUGCUGCUGCUCGAUCUGCAGCUCCUGCGGGGGCACUGCGAGGCUGUAGCAGCCUGCGUGGCCCUGGCCGCGGGCGUGGCUCAGGAGGCAGCAGCAGCAAACGGCAGCAGCAGCAGCAGCAGCGGUGGGGCGGGCUUGUCUGUGUGGGCACGGGAGGUGCGCGCAUUGCUGCGGGAGCCGCUGCUGAAGCGAUUUGCUUCUGAGGCAAAGGCACUUGCUAGGGGGCUGCUGCUGCUGCUGGAAUUUCUGCAUGAGCUGCUGCGCAUGCCGAGCAAGCAGCAGCAACUGCAGCAGCAACAACAAGAGGAGCAGGAGCAACAAAAGCAGCAAGAGAAUGAGCCGCAGCAGCGAGACCUCAAGCCAUUUCUGCACUCCGCUGUGAGCGCCACAGCCCCGACACUGCCGCAGGAUGAAAUUGCUGCAUGCGCUCUUGCUGCCUUGGAUGCUGCAGCUGCCUGCACUAACUUCCUGCAGCAGCAGCAGCAGCAGCAGCAGCAGCUCUCCAUUCGCUGCGCUGUGGCUGCGCUAGCCAACGCAGCGACGGCCAAAACGGCUUUGAGGGCCUUCGGGCGCCUCGCAGUGUCGCUGGGAAAGUGGGAUUGCUGCUGCUUCAGCAGCAGCGCAGCGGGAGGCAGCAGCAAGUGCUGCUUGUGGGGAGCAGCAGCAGAGACUUUAAUUGGCUGCUCAGACAAAACCCCCUGGAGUGCACCCUCAGUGCAGCAGCUGCAUGCAGCCCUUGGGGCUGCCGUGCAGCAGCAGCAGCCCUGUCAGGCAGCAGCUGCUGCUGCCGAUCUUCAACACUACCUCGAGCAGCAACAGCAGCAGCAGCAGCAGGAGCAGGAGGCCGCGUGGGUAAAGGCACUUGAGUCGGGGCUGUUUGUUUCCGCCGUUGACUUUAUUGUCGGAGCUCCGCUGUGGAGCAUUUUGCUGCGAAAUGCCAUAGACCCAGCAGCAGCAGCAAGAGCCAAUGCUGCUGCUGCACUGACGCAGCAGCUGCAAAGGCUGCUGCUGCUGCAGUCAGCUUCCUUCGCAUGCGCGGUGUCUCGGAUUUCCAGCCCUCCUUAUUUGCUUGGCGGUUUGCUUCGCAGCCUGCAGCUGCACCCGCAGCAGCAGCAUCAGCAGCAACUGCAGCAACAGCCGCAGGAACAACAACAGCAGCAACAGGAUCAACAACAGUGGCAAGAGCAGCAGCAGCAGCAGCAGCAGCAAACGCCGGAUUCACAGGAUGCAGGCCUGCGGACUGCUGCUGCUGCUGCAACUUCUUAUGAUAUGCUGCAGGACUGGAGCCUCCUAGAUGCGCUUCUGCUGCAGCCCCUAGGAGUUGCAUGCGUCGCGCCGCUUGCUGCUGCAGCAGCGCAGCAGCCGAUUGCUGCUUCUGGUGCUUCCUGUGCUGCUGUUGAUGCAGCUUCAGAGGCUGCUCAGUGGGAAAAGGCCCUGCGAGCUGCUGCUGCCGCAUGCAGCGCCGUGAGCAACACCCCAGCAGCAGUAGCAGCAGCAGCAGCAGUUCCUGCGGGUUCUCUGGCAGUUGAGCGUUUACGGGAAGCCGCCGCAGCAGCAGCAGCAGCCAGGGGUGCAGCAGAUGCGGGGUACACGUGCUGCUGCGAUUCAGCGCGCAGCUUUGCUGCUCGAGGGUCGCUGGAGCUGCUGCAGCAGCUGCAGGCUUCAGCAGCACCCGAGCCGCAGCAGCUGCUGCUGCUGCUCCUCCUAGGAAGCCCGCUGCUGCCGCGAGCCGCAAGGGAAGUUGUGUGGGGCGACGAAGGGGCCCUGGUGGCCUUGGAUAGAAACAGUGUGCUGCUGCCUGCUGCUGCUGCUGCUGCUGCAGCUUCAGCAGCAAAUGAUGCAACGGGCAAAAGCAGCAGCAGCAGCAGCAGCAGCAGCACUUGGGAAACAGUCCUGCAGUUCGCCAGCUGCAUGCGGUGGGGUGUACGGACACCCGAAGACGAGUGGCUGAUCUGCUGCAGCGCUGCUGCCAACUGCUUGCUGCUGUCAAUUCUGUGGGGCCCAAACAGCAAUUCCGAAGAAGCUGAAGCUGUGGGGCGUCAGCAGCAAGCCCACCUGCAGAGGCAGCUGGGGGCUAGCAGCGGCUUGGCCUCUGCAGCAGCAGCAGCAGCAGCUUUGGAAGCAUGA